AUGUCCAAAAGAAUUUGGCACAAAAAGCCUCCUCGAGAGGCAGCCACCAACAGCGAGGCCACAGAAAGUUCUGCAGUCAACCAAGAUGGUGUUGCUAAUACCGAUGCUGAACCCGUGCCACCACCCCCAGUUGAAGCAGAGGAAAAACCGAAAAACGGCACGGAAUCGAAAAAAUCGUCGAAAAAGAACAAGAAGAGGAAGCGGAACGACCGCAAUGCUCAAGACCAACCACCGACCAAAAAACCUCGAGCGGAACCAAAAGGCAUUUUAAAAUUUAUCGACUUGAACAUCGAUGUCUUGUACGAGAUUUUUGGUUAUUUGGAACCAGUCGACGUGUUGCAUCUGAGUAGGGCGUCCAAAGCGGCCAGCGAUUUUCUGAUGUCCGAAAACUUGUUUCGCGACGCGCGUGUUCAAACACUGUUCUUUGACAGGCAAUGGAAGACGGAAUUUGAGAAGGCUGAAAACAAAGAUGCAUGGGUAGAGCAAGAAAUAGCAAAGUUUACCAAAAUCCACGAGCACGCUCGGGAAUGUGAGAAAUGGUAUAUAGCAUAUGAAGAAUACCUUGAAGAGCGAAAGGAAGAACUGAUUAUGACUCGCAAUGUUAACGUUGUGAACCGCCUUCGCGAGAUGGGGUGGGCUACCGAAGUUGAUUCCAUAUUAAGGCAGGACCCUUCAAAGCUCUAUCAUCGUAGUUUGAUGCUUCGUUUUGGCAUCACGCAAUGUGACGAGAAAGUGGUGAUUGAGCAGUUGGCCGAAACGUUUGUUUCUUCGCUGUUGGCGCCCCGCAGGGAGAUGAUGCAGGCUAGAGCACGACAGGUGUUCCUGGAGCGCCGGCUGCUAGUGUUAAAAAAACUUGUCGCUGAGUAUCAGUUGACCGUUGCGCCCAGUGAUGUCACUUUCAACAUGGGCCAAUUAUGCACGCAUCCAGAGAUCAGCGAUCUCCUUCUCAGCUCUCCCGAAGCGACGGACCCAGUGGUCCAUCUUGAGCCCCUACGCACCAGACUGCCCGAAAUCGCGGAUAAAAUGGAGUUGAGCAUGCGAGACACAGUUACAGCGUUGGUUAAAUCUGUUCGCGGACAAUGCUACCACGUUAGUGAAGACGCGCUUCUCACCCUGGCCGUCGCGACGUUCAAAUGUAAGCGGUGCCCGUCGUCGAGUGUGGAAGCGCACGACAUCCGCUAUCCAGCAGUGCUAGCUCACCGCUGCGCCGUUCGUAAACCCGACGGGCACCUCCGUGCACCCAAAGAGACUCCAAGCGCGCUAUCAAUCACAGUCGAGAAACUGACAGAGGAGACGCCGUGGAACGCGUAUAACUGCAUCACGUACAACCUGGCUGCACACAACAUUUUAACAAAGCUGCUCGCGCGUUUUGAACUGUCUCCUUUGACGACGCACGUCUCUGAGAUGGAUUGGCGUGACCCGGUGUUCGAGUGUCUCGCUUGCAACGACCCUCAUCGUGGCCGAUGCAUGCUUCGAUGGCGUGCAGUAGUAGCACACGUGAAACAAAAACAUACCCCUUCCAUUGUAUCAGAAUUUCGCAUCCUAGAUGACGAAGAAGCUGCGAAAGUGAAGUUACGAAUGGACGAAGAGAUGGCCCGAAACCGCGCCAAAGCAGAUUACAUGGGCAUGUCCUGUUCCCACUGCGGGCAAAAAGGAAAUCCAGUAUCGCUUCGCGAACAUUGUCGUACCAAACAUGGUAUCCGUCGUCCGUCGGAGAGGAAUGGCGAUUUUGACAUCGCAUUGGACUCCAAUACCAUUCCACAAAUAUUCUAUAGUUGGCCCCCGCAGGAGGAUCCUACAGACUCGGACGACGAUUGA